UACCCUCAAAGCUGGCCGAGGAGGAGGAGGGAGGAGGCGGUAACAGCCACAACUCGGAAUUUGCAAGCGAGUGUCGGGAUGGGGUCUGUUUCCAACCAGCAGUUUGCAGGUGCGAAGCCGGGCGAGGAGCCGGCCGGAGACUCGCCCAAGGCCGAGAACGAUUCGCAGCCCCUGCACGGCUCCGGCAUCUGUAAAUGGUUCAACGUCCGCAUGGGCUUCGGCUUCCUCUCCAUGACCGCCAAGGGCGGCGCGACCCUGGACUCGCCCGUCGAUGUCUUCGUGCACCAGAGCAAGCUGCACAUGGAGGGAUUCCGCAGCCUGAAGGAGGGCGAGGCUGUCGAGUUCACCUUCAAGAAAUCAUCCAAAGGCCUCGAGUCCAUCCGGGUGACGGGGCCCGGGGGCGUCUUCUGCAUCGGCAGCGAGAGGAGGCCCAAGGGGAAGAGCCUCCAGAAGCGCAGAUCCAAAGGAGACCGGUGCUACAACUGCGGCGGGCUGGACCACCACGCCAAGGAGUGCAAGCUGCCCCCGCAGCCCAAGAAGUGCCACUUCUGCCAGAGCAUCAGCCACAUGGUGGCCAACUGCCCCGCCAAAGCACAGCAGUCGCCCAGCUCGCAGGGCAAGCCCGCCUACUUCCGAGAGGAGGAGGACAUGCACAGCCCGGCGCUGCUCCCCGAGAGCCGCGAAUGAUGCGGGGCGGCACGGGGGGCUUCCACCGGGGGGACAAGGCUUUGGCAAGGCAAGGGGCACCGAGGGGACAGCGAGGGCAGCGCUGGCAGCGGGCACCUGGCGUCCCUGCACACACCUUCCCCCCACGGCCAGGCUGGGAGGAGCCCUGUUAGCAUCAGGAUGGCGUGUUCCAGAACAGGGGAAGGCAGCGCCCAACACGCUAAAAACCCCAAACAUCCUUGAUUAAACUUUAUUCCUUUCCUAAGUUAAGCCAGGCAGCCGUGUCAGGGGAGGAGGAGCAGAGGGAGAACACCCAGCGAGGAGCUGAGGGCUCCUUGUUCUCCUGAACUGCACAGGAGAACAAGGGUGAGCUGGGGGGAACCUGC